AAAACCACAAACCCCCCAAACACACAAUUAACCAAAGUACCAAACUCCCCUAAUCCCUCCCCCCCUUCAUUUGCUCCUCCAAUGGAACAACAACAACAACUCGAACCUCACAACCAAAAACUCCAACAAACACUAAUCGGAAUCCUCAAAGCUGCCGAUUUAGAUAUCGAAACCGAGCUCUCCGUUCGAAAACAGGCCGAAAAACUCCUUGGAGUCCAACUCUCCGAUCUCGCUAGCAAGCGGCUCGUUAGACGAAUCGUUGAGUCGUAUUUGCUCUCUACUCCUCCGGCCGAUGAAGUUCCAGAAGAUAAAGAUAAGGUUGAAGAUGUGCAGACGGAGAAAGUUCCGGUUGAUGAUCGAAACAUUGCGUCUGAUGAUGAUUGCAGAAGUAUUAUCUGCAGAUUAUCAGGUAAGAGUAGAGUUUCAAUUGAAAAGCUCGGAGGGACAAAAGUGGUGGCAAUUAGCGAGUAUUACAAGAAACAGGGAAAUAUUACUUCUGGUAAAGGAAUUACAUUGAACCCUGAUGAAUGGUCAGCAUUUUGUUCAAGUUUUACCGAUAUAGAAGAAGCCAUCACAAAGAUGGAAUCAAAGAUGAGAGAUAAUGGCAACGGAAAGAAGCAAACUGAACCAGGACCUUCAAAUCCAUCUAAUAGGCCGGCUUAUGAAGCCGACACUUGCCAUCCGCUCAUCCCCAUCGCAACCGCACGUUUCACUGGCAAAAAUUAUUACUGCUGGAGACGCCAAAUGGAGUUCUUUUUAAACCAGGUAAAAAUAUUUUACGUCCUCGUUACACCAUGCCCAAAAUUCCCCGUUGCAGUAGAAGCAUCUUUUGAAGAAAUCAACCGUUCAAAAUCCCAUGCACAAAAGUGGAUAAAUGACGAUUACAUCUGUCGCCACACUAUCUUAAACUCACUAUCGGACCAUCUCUUUGACCAAUACUCGGUCAAAACUCUGAAUGCUAAAGAACUUUGGGACGAUCUUAACUCGUCGUAUGCUGAUGAUUACGGAACAAACACAUCUCACGUCAACAAUUACAUUAAUUUUCAAAUGGUUGACGGGGUUUCUGUUCUUGAACAAGUUCACGAGCUUCACCGGAUUGCAGAUAUUAUAAGUACGUCUGGGACAGCCAUUGAUGAAAAGUUUCAUGUCGGUGUGAUUAUUUCGAAACUCCCGCCUUCUUGGAAACAUAUUCAGACGAAAUUGAUGCAACAGGAGUGUUUAACGCUUGAUAAUUUGGUGUACAUGUUAAAGGAUGAGGAAGAUUCCAGAAGUCAACAGAAAAGAGUCAAUGGAUCAAGAAAGAAAGACAUGAGGAAGGUGUGCUUUGGAUGUCACCAAGAGGGCCACUUGCGACGAGACUGUCCUUUGACCAAAUCGGGUAACAUUGAUCGUAACAACCAAUAGACGUUUGACCAGUUCUAACCGGUUAGGACCAAAUUGCUAGUUGACAUUUUGCGGGUUCUCAUGGUUACAAAAAAAAAAAAAAAAAUCACUAUUUAAAGAAAGACGGGUAAGUGUUCGUCUUCCCUAGGAUUAGUUCCUUUGUCGUAGGAUUUUUUUUUUUUCAAAAUUUUCAUUUUUUGUUGUCAUGUAUUAUUAUCUAUUCAUUUUCAGUUGCACAUUGCAUUAUUUGAACAUAAAUUUUAUUUAUAAAAACAUGAAACGUGACUACUUAAGUUU